UUUAAGCUUGGGGGUGCAGAUGAACUGCAGUGUAUUAAUAGGAGGCUGUAGGUGUCCGGAUCUCUUUCACUCUCACAGGCUUUUAAGCGGACACAUCGGACACGGGCCUUUAACCAGCUCUCUGUACAUGCGCUAAUACUGUCAUCAGCUCCAUAUCCGACACCACCAUGGAGGUACUGGACGCCCUAAAUCUGGGCGAAUUUGCCCAAUAUUUCUCAAAAAUAGCCAUGUUUCCUAUUUUUGACCUGGCCUAUUACAUCGUGUCCAUACUCUACCUCAAGUAUGAGCCAGGCUCAGUGGAGGUGUCCCGAAGAAGCCCUGUGGCCUCCUGGCUCUGUGCAAUGCUGUACUGCUUUGGGAGCUACAUCUUAGCAGACAUCAUGCUCGGACACAGCCCCAUCGACUAUUUCCAUAAUAACAGCCACAUCCUCCUGGCCUCAGCUGUAUGGUAUCUCAUCUUCUACUGCCCGCUUAACUUGUUCUACAAAUGUGUCGCAUUCCUGCCCAUUAAACUCGUACUAGUAGGUAUGAAGGAAGUUGUUCGCACUCGCAAAAUCGCUGCUGGAGUCCAUCACGCACAUCAUGCCUACCACCAUGGUUAUUUUAUUAUGAUCAUCACUGGUUAUGUCAAGGGAUCUGGAGUAGCUCUCAUGUCAAAUUUUGAGCAACUGUUGCGUGGAGUGUGGAGACCAGAGACCAAUGAAAUUCUCAACAUGUCAUUCCCUACUAAAGCCAGUCUGUAUGGAGCCAUUCUGUUUACCCUUCAGGAGGCACACUGGCUUCCUGUGUCUAAGAGCACCCUCAUCUGCAUCUUCACUCUUUUCAUGGCUACUUCUAAGGUGUUCAUGACAGCUCGCCACUCUCACGGAUCUCCCUUUACUCUCGUCGAGUCCUGGGUUUCCCACCUGCUCUUCGGAUCACCUCUCGCUGUUGAAGAGGCUCAUAAUCACCACCACACUGCCCCAGCUGCUGCCUCUGCCCCUGCCUCUCCAGCCAAAACCAAGGAGGAAUUGAGCGAAGGCACUCGCAAGAGAAAAGCCAAGAAAGCAGAGUAGACACACAUCUACACCACCAACAACUACUAUCUGCUCUCCGGCCAUUUUUUUUUUGAUACCUGGUUUAUAAUCUUCCCUUAUCGGAGAGAUAGUAUUUUGGUGUUCAUUAAUUAACGUUCAUUUUUUUAAUGGUGCUUUUAAUAACAGAUACUUUGUAGGGACUCUGUAAAUAGUUCACCAGUAAUUUUCAUCCUUCCUGUUAAUAUAUAGUGUAUAUGUCUAUUUAUCAUGUACAUUGUAGUCGUUCAGUGUGCGCUACGUUGUCCUGUCAGUGGUGAACUAUCUUAUAGACAGAAGAAACAUCUUUGGAUUAUUAAGCCCAUACAGAUCAACAUGUGGAUUCUGAUUACACACUUUAUAUCACAUUGCAUUUGAAAGUACAUCAUUUUCUGAAGUAAAUAUAUUUUCCAAUCA